AUGCAGUCGCACCGCGUCUUCCGAGCCGGCGACACCACCUGUGCUGUGCUUUCGCUCUUGUCUGUCUGUCUGUCAGUCUACCUGCCGCUGCCGCCGUUGUUUGUGUGUCCGCUGCCACGUGUGAAAUCGCCGCGUCCUUUGCCAGACCGCCACGUGCCCGCCCAGAGGUUGCUGUCGGGAAUCGCGCCCCCUUCUGCACGUGCUGCCAUGAUGGAGGAGAGCGCCUCCGCGGUGCCCGCCGCGUCCCCAGCAGACAUGGACACGUACGUGCAGCAGCUGCGGGCCGAGAAGACGCGCCUGGACUCGAACCCCGACCUGUCGCUCACGCAGCGCCUCGUCGCCACAGAACUGGAACGGGUGACCAGCGGAGCGCGACCUCUGUCAGCCAAUGGCAGCGCUACCACAAACAACCGAAACAACAACGAGGAACGCCGAUUCGCUGACAUCAUCAAAGAGAAGCCAAUCAAAGUGACCGUCCGCGUGCUGGUGCCAGUUAAGGAGCAUCCCAAGUUCAAUUUCGUGGGCAAGUUACUCGGUCCCAAGGGUAACUCCCUCAAGAGGCUUCAGGAGGACACGAUGACGAAGAUGGCUGUGCUCGGCCGAGGUUCCAUGAGAGACAAGGCCAAGGAGGAGGAGCUGCGCGCGUCCAGCGACCCCAAGUACGCCCACUUCAACGACGACCUGCACGUCGAGAUCACGGCGUUCGCGCCGCCCGCGGAGGCGCACGCGCGCAUCGCCUACGCACUCGCCGAGGUCCGCAAGUUCCUCGUACCGGACUACAACGACGAGAUCCGUCAGGAACAGAUGCGAGAGAUGCAGCUGCUGAGCGCGCCCUCCGCCGUCGCAGCCUCCGCCGGUGCCGACGUCCUCUCACCAGCCUCCCCAGCUGGGUCGCCCACAGGUGCGGCGGGCGCCGCGGUGCAGAACGGCCGCGUGCAGGCGGUGCCGACGACGGGCGCCGCGCUGGUCUACGGAGGGCAGCCCAACGGGCGCGCCGCGACGGCUGCGGCGGCGGCGGCAGCGGCGGCGGCGGGCUACCUCUACCAGCCGCAGCAGCUGCUGCUGCACCCCGCCUUCCGAGGGCUCGCGGCCGCCAGACCCGCAGCCCUGCGCAGCGGCGGCUCCAUCCUGAGCCGGCUGCGACCGGCACGCUCGCGCCCCGUGCUCCCGCUGCUGUCCCGCGACGGGUCGGAGGCGGAAGCGCAGCCCGAUGUGGUGGACCCCGCCGUCAGCCCCGCCCCCGCGCCGCAGCUCUACAACCUCUACGACUCGUACGCAGCCGCCGCCGCAGCCGGGUACGGCCUGCUGGACGGCUACGCCAACGGCGGCGGCCUCAUCGCGCCGGAGACCAUGGAGGAGCUGUCCGCCGCCGCCGCCGCGCCAGACGCCGUCGCCACUUCCGUGACUCCGGACUUGACGGGCCGAGCGGACGCGUCCGUGCUGAAGAUGGACCGCACGCGGUACCGACACGACCCGUACGCCCGUUACACCGGCCUGAAGUUGCCGCUGUAACUGUCAGCGAAACGCCUGCCAGCUGACUGCGGGGGCGGCGGGGGCCUCGACGUCGACGACGGUGAAUGCGGCAGCGAAGGUUCCUCUGCGGCGACUGGAAGCGAUCCUCACUGUAAACGUAGCAGCAGUCAGGGCCUUAAUGGUUUGUACUUGAGUUCAAGUGGGGAUCCGGAAGAAAAGAAGAAGUGAGGACCUGCAUCAGUGGAUUAACACAUAGGGUCUCUGAGUCUCUGACACUGAGUUUGCCCCUCAAUUCGUUCGUUACUUACAUAUUAUUUGUUACAUCUUCUUUCCAUUCCUUUCGAUUACCCUUCUUGACAAACAAAACAAAGAGAACAAUUGGCUACUUGCUCAGUGUUCUGUAUAUGUGGGAAGGUAAGUAUCAAUGAGAAACAAAGACGAGUCUUAUUUUUAUGUUAUACUUAAUAAAUUACAGUACACUAGGAACUGUAUGAAGAGGAAGAAGGACUUCCUAAAAUAUAUUUCAUGUAGAACCGUUUUCCAGAUUCACUUUGAGGUGAUGAUGGUACAGCAAGUUCUAGAAUCCAAUUCUAAAUUAAUGGCUCACUAGAGGAAAAUCACGGCAUAUACCUUUUUCUUCCAUGGUGAGCAGUUUCUAAAGCUUUAUUCUGUCAUGUGUCGACAGAGUCGAUUCAGUAGCCUCUGGUAAUGGUAUAUUAAGGAGACAAUCAUUAGACGUACUGUCAUGCAUCAUGCAUAUGCUCGUAUUAUAACUACGAAGCUAUAAGCUCUACACUUUUCGUCUCUUAUCUAUAAUAUAUUACUUAGAACUUAAACAUUAUAAUAUCAUGUUGUGUCGUAAAUUUACGUUUAUCUAUGUUCGAUCUUGUACCCUUUCUUUAUGGGUCGUGAAAAUGUAAAGACGGGUUGAUUUUCACACAGUGAAUAUCUGUAGCAGCCUAGAUGCCCGUGUGAACUUACUUGUUUCCCAGAACGUUUAUUUCGAAAGAUAUAAGAAAGAUCUAGAACUUCCUGACAGAUUAUCAGUUUGUACCAGACCUGUAUAUGAACCCAGACCAAUACCUAUCGCUGGAAGUCGUGCUGCACAAAUUACGCUUUGGUCUGGACCCAACACUAAUCUGUCAAGAAGUUCUACAAGAACGUUCUGAAGAGACCACACAGGCUGUUUCUCAACCACCGCCCACUAUUCACUUUCUGCCAGAUGUACUGAUCUAGCAACGUAUACAGAGUUAGAUAAACGGAGGAGAUAUAACAGAGGUUUCAAGGUGUCAUGUUUGCCCGGAUAGCUCAAUACGGUAAAAGACGAAGAUCCGCUUCUACCCACUGUACGGUUGACUUUUGAUCUGAAGUACAUUUCAAGCGAAGUAGAGUAAUACAAAUUUUUGUGCUCGGGAGAAGUACAUCGUAACUUGUUCACUACAAAAGGUACAGACCCGAGUCUCUUCUUAAUGGGGAAUAUAUUUUGUCUAAACAACCUGGUAAAUAGCAAAUAACUGCAUAUAGCUUGAAUCGAUCCGGUUUCUGGUAGACGGUGGGCAGUGUCUAUAGGUAGUAUUACAGCAAUUCUUUGAAGCUUACUUCUGUUCUGGACGACGUUACUUUUUACCUUCGCAGUUUGAGCUACCUGUUUCGCUCGUGAAAAUUAUUACCCUUCACACACUACAGUUUCGCUAACUUCAGUGAACACUGUUUCAAAUUUUUUACCCCUUCAUAGACGGAGAUUAUAGUGACUGCUGUGCUUCCUUUCAGACUGUUAACCUGUAAACUGUUCUUGUAUAUCAGAAUAUCGUCAUUUGAAUACGUAUUUUCCGAUAACAGGCCGAAUAUUUUACGCACGCCGUCUGAAACCAGUUAGCGAAGAAGACGUGGACAUUCAUUGCAAAACUGAAAGUACAUGUAGUUUCAGCAGUGAGUAGCACCAAGUAAAUGGCGGAUAUUAACAAUUUUUCGGCGCCAAAGAGUCUUAGGAUGUCUUCUAGCACUGUCUGCACACACCUGCCAGACGUUGAAAUUGUCUCACCUUAUAUCCGUCGACGUUCCCACUGGUAAGUAGGAUUUUCUUUUUGUCACGUUUUGUGCAUAUUUAGACUUGUUUGUUUCUCUCUUUUGGUAGCUUUCAAACUGAUAUGCAUGUCGAAUCGUCUAUUCUUUUUGUAAAAUCCUAUGGUGAUUCUUGCGUUCAAGGCGUUGACUGAUAAACCUGGAUGGUUUUAUUAGGAACACUUACGUAGAGGGCAUCUCUGUAACAGAAGUCAACCUUUAACGAGACCGGGCAGCACUGGCUCACUUUAGGAACUGCGCAAGGUACAUGGGUUUGGGUAAAAGCCAUCUCUGCCACUGUAAAUAGCCCUGAAUGAUACAUGGAGUCGCAAGUAUAAUCUCAUCUCCACGUUCGCCACUGUUUCAGAAUAUCAUAAGGAAAGGAGCCAGCUGCAAUUUCGUCUCUGAUCUCGCCUUGUGCCCACUUAGUCCCAGAGCGCGCAAUUGCGAUUCUCCCCGACGCCGACGCCGACGCCGACUGCCCUCAGGAUUAUGCCACGCGGGGCAGCGCCGUUGCUAACCCCGAUCGACGGAGUAGUUAAUUUCGAGCGAAUGUUGUUUGCUUUUGGAUCUGCAGGGCUUUGGGAGCGGCCUGGCCGACGCGUAAUGAGUUACGGCGCCGCGGGGAGUCCCCUCUGAUUGGAAUCAAUCACGCUGUGGAAUUACACCGGCACGAGCCGGGCGAAUGCAGCCGCGGUCGAAGACCUGGGAUCUCUGCCGCCAAUGACCUCACUAAGCACGAGGAGAGGCUGUCUUUCAGUCCGUAACAAGUACCGAAACGUUUCGGUGAAUCACAUUUUCUUUGCGGCACAGUUCGUACAUAAGCGAAUACAUCAAACAUCGGCCUGUAGCACGGUGUAUAAACCUUACAGUACACGAUUCUAACCUUCGUCUAAAAAAAUAAAACGGGGAAGCAGCUCACUCUAAUCGUUAAAUGAACUGGUUUGGCGACACGUAGCAUGUACCCAGUGUAGACUUUGGCGUCCCGGAGAAGCGAGAACCGUUCACAUUAUCGCCGUCAGCUGUCCUCCAUAAACCGAUAUGCUCAUGUAAGUAUUUUUUUUCUUUCAGUUUCACUUCCUUAAAAGAAUUGGGCUUUCAACUGGUUUCACCUGUUACAAAUUUUUGUUUUUCUGCACCCAUAUCGAGCUGAUCUAGAAUAUGUGCAUUAACCUUUCCAUGAACAGAUUACGAUUGUCCGUAGAUAUCUUCUCUGUCUUGAAAUUUACUUUCAUCCUCCUUUAAAUAUCCCCAGAUUUUUAAUAACAUUCUGUAGAAUUACGUUAAUAUCAUUAAUAUCUUCUUCAUUUUACUUUCGUAUAAAAUAUCGACCAUUCAUUUUGCACGAGUUUUCUAUAGAAAUUGAUUUUUUCCCUUUAAUUACCUGUAAUAAAUAGUUUUUUAUGUCUUCCGAACUACGCUACUUCCAGUUACUUUGUUCAUAACUUUUCUUACUCUACGAAGCUGCAUAAACUCAAUACGAGGACUUGACAGUUUUCAUGUUCAUGGUCUUCAGUAGAAAAAUACUGAGUGUCGGAAUCCCUUGGAUGUCUUACUUGCACAGGUAAAAUACAGAGGGCUUGAGAACCUUCCAAAGGUUAGUCAAAUCUGUUUACGAGUCUAUGCACAGAGAAUCGAAUCAAUAAAUGUGGUACACUAGUUAUACAUAGCUCUCUCCUAAAGCAGUUUCUUAAUUAAUCUGAACCUUAUAGUUUUCACCUACUGUGUCUGUGUUUCCAUUUAUCUUGCCUGUUACAGAAUUCCCUCUAAAGAAGAGUACCUCUUCACAUAACCAUUUCCUUCCGGUUUCGUUGUUUUGUUAUAUUUGUCGAAGCUUUCCUGUUUAUUCCCACUAACAUAAUUCUUCUUCUUGAGCAACUUCGUGCAUUAUACGUCCUUCGCAAUAAAGCUUUUUAGGUCCCUAUAGGCGAAAUACCUUGCACAAAAAUUAUUUAGAUGGAGCAAAUAUUUAGAGACGUAGGUAAAUCUUCACAAAAAUGGAUAAAAGACCAAGAUAUGAACUUCUAGACAUUUGAGAAAUUGUAGAGUACACAAUGCCUAGAAUGGAAAAUAUUUAAUCAGUUUACGGAAAGGCGUUGAAAAAUAAUGUUAAUUAUGGUGAAAGUGCUACGAAUAAAGAGGAAUGAUAUGAAAAUAGAUAUAUUAUGUUACUUAGGUUACAAUAAUGACAUUGGAAUCUCUAACAGUAACACACUAUAUUAACGACUUGAAAGAAGCAGGAGAAGCAACUGGAUUGCGGACAUUUUUGAAAAUACUUGCAGUAGUUCCAUGGAUAUUACAACCCGAAACCAUACCUGAGAAGAGGCAGUAAAACGUAUGAAUAGCAUUAAACACCUAAGCCAAGGAGUUACAGUCAGAGUACUUUUCGAUAAGCCUCGAAACUGAGAGCCAUGAAAAUGGAAAUAGUUAUCAAAUCACAGUAAACAUAUAAAAGAAAAAAAUUCCUACAUUCCAAAAUUUUACGUUAUAGCUGUGAUAGAGCCAGUGUGCCCACAUGAAUACGAGUGUCUUAUCCUCAACGAGACGCGAUCGCUUGUAGGAUUAGAAAGAUGAGAGGUUACGAUAUUUCACAUUUUUCUGGGUCCAAAUAAUCAAUCUGGGACCUACAUAAAACAAGCGAAACAAGAAAUCUAUUCUCAAACAGAAAUAAUUACGGUCCCAGUGAGUAAAUGCACACGAAUAAUGAAUGACUAAGUAUGAGUGAACUUUAUCCUCACCAGGUUAAAUAAAUAAAUAAAUAAAUAAAUAAAAAAUAUGUGAUACUAAACGGAAAAAGAACAGUGCUACGUGGACAUCAGAAAAUACUUGUAGGAAACGGACAUACGACGAGAAGGAACACAAAGUAGGAAUUUCACCAGAAUAGAUUUAGUGAUAUUUGAGAUUUUCUGAGAUUACGAAUGGACAAAUGCUUUCAAAACAUUAGAACGAACACCACACCAGACGUAUCCAACUCAAUAGAAGCAUCUACCUGAAAGGAAAAAUCAAUAAAUGAGAACAACUGUUGGAAUGACGGUGAGCUUAUCGUACGGGUAGAUGGUCGACGAAAUGAAAUAAUACUAACAUUAAUAAUAAUAAUAAUAACAGCGAAGAAAUAAUUUGAAUAAACACAGGAGAUUAUGUGCAAGCGUCUGAAUUACCUGUCCUUACGUCGGUAAUGUUGAAUACAGUAAAUUAAACGAAAUAGUUGAGUAGUUAUACUGAUACAGAUCUUACGUUUGACAAGUAGCAGAACACACCAGGCCGAUUCGUCGAUCGUAGUAACGUUAAAUCAGCAAAAUCCACAUUCGCUCCGGGGAGGUAAAAGUUCCGCUAUUUUAUCCGGUGCUUCGGCUCUGGAGGAGGUCCCACUAACGCGGAGUACACACCAUCGUGUUCACCGUCCGGGCAGCUGUCAGCAGGUUCUCGCCAUCACCAUCACAGCCGGCCACCCCGUCACGCCUCGCUCACCCGUAUUUGCCUGUGGCGUGACUUGGUGCUGAUCACGCCACUCUGCCAGUAACGCUUCGCAGCGUCCGAGGCCUCUGCCCAUCAUCUGCCAUCAGUUCACUCCGAUAUCUCGCCGGUCCGUCGUCAAUAUCUGGCCCUACGCUCGGUACACCCUUCGGAGACGGUUAGACACAUACGUACCGUAACACGGCAAAAGGUGAGAGAAUGAACGUUGCUAUCCACGCCGUAACCGGCAGCCACCUUACACAGCGCAAUGUGAGGGAGGUGUGGGCUGCAACUGACGACAUGCAACAGAAUUAAAGGAUGUUGUCACUCAUAUAGCAUAGCUUUUAUACCGCAUCAAUUAAGACUAUAAAAUUUGCCUCGAGACAUGCGUUCAUGUACCGAUUAAUAGCAGCUUCUGCCGUUAAUUACCCUCCCCUAGUCCCUCCCCCUGACCAACCACACGAAAUUUUAAUCAAUCACAAAUCAAUAUUUGUAAAUGUACACUCAAACUCCAUCUACAGCAGGUCUAGGACAUAAAAUCUCGAGAAAAAUGUUUCAAGGACAAUGGUGACGAAAUAACGAUUACAAGUUAAUAUUUACGCAUACCAAGUUAAAUGUCUCUGGAAAUGUAAUCUGUUCCCGAAACAUUUCCGGAACACUAAUCACGACAUUAAUAUUUAAAAAAGCACAUAAGUAAAGACAAAUAUUAGGAAUCUACAACAGCUUAAACACCGACAUGUGUUCCGAAACGAAUCUCAUAUCAACAGAAUUCCGUCAGUAGGAAUAUGUAAUAUUCUAAGAAAAUAUGGUGUAAUAGGAGAUAGCUCACACAGGUAGAGGUAUGAAAGCAGUGUUAGGACGUCUCAAUACAUUAGCUAAGUGAGCUAAAUAUGCUAAGGCUGGGAGAAGGAAAGCUGCGUAAUGUAGCAACAACAUCAGGAAAAAAAUAAAUGCAGAUAUAUUUCACACCACAUAGAGUGUGAAGCUGUAAACUGUAGACGAUAAUUAUACAGUUGAGUGUUAGGCACAAUUACAGCUCUACUAAGGGCUGAAAGGGAACAUAUUCAAAAUAACCAUCCUAUGCGGAAUGCAAUCAAUAUUUAUGCACUCAGAUUCUCUGCUGUGGCCUAUGAACGCUAACAUAAUGAUUCAGUGCAUUGAAAAUGAAAAUGCAAUGCCUUAUUUCUUAUGCAUAGAGCAUCGUUGCUAAUAAAAUUAACUUGAACAAUUUCCUCCGUAUCAGAUAAAGUAAUGAGCGGCACCUUACGCAACUGAUUUUCGAGUAAAGAGGAAAAGAACGGAAAGGACUAGAAAGGUACAUUCUGGUAAAAUUUAUGAUUAUGUUCCUGCACAACCUAAAUGCGUUUCGUAACCUGGUACGGACAGCUGGAAAAACAACAUUUUAUGUAAGUAAAAAUCUUACGGGACUUAAAUUGUUCAGUUAUCCCGGAACAACAUCAGAAAGUAAUAUUUAUUUUCAUAAGAUUAUCUGUGUGAAUUUCGUCGGUUGAUGCUUCACCACUGCCCAUAAUAACAAUACUUAUUUGAAAACGUUUGUCUUCGGUAUUUUUCUGAAAACUUAGACGUUUGAGUGAUCACUGAAAUCAAAGGAUUUAAAUUAAAAGAUUCUUUCGUGGCUAGUAAAACACUAUAAAUUUUCCUGUGAUUCUUCUUUCUUGGAUUUGUGAAGAAAUUUAGUUUCCCUUCGCGCAAAAUUUUGUGGAAAGUUCUCACUAUAUUCAUAUGGCAAUAACACAACAAUACAUUAGAUACCAUAUUACAUUCUGCCACAGUAACUUCGUAUUCGUUGUUCGCAGCUGUCGAACAACAGAUACAUAACCAUUGCAGGCACAUUUAAGAAUAAGAGAAACUCGUGUAAAGUAGUUUCCUGGAGAGGGAAUCUGAAAAGAAUUCCUUACUCUGUUAUUUCUCCGGUCCUCCUUCCAGUUUCCAACACUGGUAUUUUGCGAUGAGUUUCUAGCUUCAACUGCGCAUAGUUUGAGUUAAUUGUACUAUUCUAAUUCAGCCACUAUUUGAAAGAACCUCGUAUACUGAUCGUUGAUACUGAAGAGUGGCAGGAGCUCUUCUCGACAAUAAGGAGUGGCAGUUAAAUGAAAUUUGCACGUCCUCUAGAUGUCGUUCUUCUACUGGAAGACGCCCGUUGAAGAAUCCUCGCGCCACAGCUUGGCAUCUCAUUUUCAAUUAGCUCUCCGCAGCGGUUGGUGCUUCUAACUCUAAUUACUCACCCCGGCUGGCUCUCGCUGGUUCCUAAAUUAAACUUCCAAUUAUCUGCAGCUAAUUGACGUUUCGCAUUUUGGAACUCCACAGCUCCCUGAGCUGAGCUGCUGAGCGAGAAGCGACUUUAAGUCGAAACCGUUACAAGUGUUAUGUAAUAGUACGCCAAGUGGUCUCUUUGCUCAGCCGACUUCUACGUAAGGCAAGCGAUACUUCGCUGCCGUAACAGUUGUGUAACGAGCGUACUGAUACUUCAGGUGCCAUGACAGAGCGUUUCCUGAAUGAAUCGUCUGCACAGGUACCUUGAGAUCUCAGUUAACAGUAUUAGUCUGGGAUGCCAUGUUUGAUUCAUAAAACUUAUCAAUGACGUUUAGUCCCUACAUUCGCGAACAUCUUCAGAGAUUAAUCGGUAACUGCAUCGAAUGCUAAAGAGAGCCCCGAAUUAAUAGAAACAUUAUCAACCGUUUAGAGGUCACCACUAUUCGUCACGUGAAGCCGAACACGGGGUUAAGUGUAUUAAGUGAUAUCGUUCACUAUUAAACGUAUUUGGUAGCUCUAGCAGGUGUCAUACUUCUCUAUUACAACAAUUUAAACCCUCACGUUCUUGUCUGUUAAAAUUUUCAUAGUGCAAGUUUCUCUAUCGAUUCUCAGUGCGGACGAGUGUGAUAAAGUGUAAUCUUGGUGAAAAAGCUAGUUUCACUAAAUUUUAUUUAAUGGUCUCGAUUUUGAACGGUAUGUGGCACAGCGGCUGCUCUAUCUGUUGGUCCUAAGCAACAGCUACGCUAUUACGAACUUCCAGCACGCUGGAGCAACUGCGGAGCAGCAACUUGUCUUAACCAAUGCAACUUAAAAACGGCCAAAGUGGCAAAUUUGCCUUUUAUUUAUUUGAUGACUAGUUUCGGGUUGGGGCCAAUUUUCAAAUUAUCGAGAUAGUAAAAAUGGCAUUUCCCAAAACGUAAGUACCACGUCAAGAUAAACAUAUAUAUUUACGUUUCGUUACACGUAUAUGCUUGUUACCUUGGCAUGGUUCAUAUAUUUUGCGAAGUACCAUUUUGACUAUCUUGAUGAUUUGAAAAUGGGUCCCAACCGGAAACUAGACGUCGAGUAAAUAAAUGUGAAAUUUCCAACUUGGACUGUUUUCUGUUGUAUUGAGUUACCAGUCGGUUGUACACUUGACUACGACUGUAUGGAUUUUUAUGCACAUCUUCUGUCGCUGGUAAACGACUUACAUCUUUGGUAGUUCUACGCUUUCUUUUAGUUUCCUGGUCGACUUACAAAUUGUUUCUUGGUCAAAGCUUUAUCGACACUUUGUUGAUGAAAUGGAGAACAAUUACACUCGUACCGACCUAUACACCUUUUUGUCCUGUAAUUCUUUCCGCCUGUACGUAGUACUCGUUCCAUCUCUUUUGCUGAAGUUACAAUUUUUCUUAAAAGCAAGUAAUUCAAUCCUUGUCGCAAAUAUACUGGCUCGAAUGUUUCAUUAUCACUGUUCAACAAGAUUUUAUUUAUACUUACUUGUCAUGGAUGACGGUUAGAUUCCUCAUGGAUGUGUCUAUGUGAGUGUGCUGCUAUCCUGUACACUUUAUGUCUCAGUGUUCUAUCUGCUAGUUUGAUGAAUAAUUAGUUAUUGCAGAAAAAUGUAGUUGAAUAAUAUAUGGACGCCUAUUUUGGAGCAAGACAGUGAUGAUCAAUUACUUUGAAUCCAGAACUGUCAACACGUAUUCUGCAUCACGUGACAAAUGGUAAAGUCCUCUGCACAGAUCAUCAUGCACCUAUAAAUUCGGUGUCCCUAAGCUUUCAAUGCAGUGUCCAUGAAUAGUUGCAUUUACCGACAAUAGCCUCUCAGACCAGAAACUAUAUCUAAACUCCAGUUAUGAAAAGCUACAGUGAAUCCAUUUUAACCAUCAGCUGUUUAUUUGUCGCACUAUUCAUCCACCGGUUUCGGUUAUUAACCAUCAUCCAGGAUACAGGGUACAACAGAUUAGUUAAAAGCCUCCCAUAUUCCCUUGAAGUUGAAUAACAACGAAAUUAUCCAGUGAAAUUGACAACCACCUGACAUAAUUUGUCUUAGAAUACUGACACUCAUAUCUCACACCAAAUGAGAUGUCGGUCUAUGUGACAUGAGAUAUGCCUGUCAGUAUUCUAAGACAAUUUAUAUCAGGUCUUUGUACAAUUUCACUGGAUAAUUUCGAUAUUGUUCAGAUUCAAAAGAAUGUGGGAUGGUUUUAACUAAUCUGUUGCAUCCUCCAACGUGAAUGAUCAGUGGGACAAUUAAGCAGCUGAUUGUUAACUGCAUUUUAUAAAAUGCUUUACGGAUGUUGAACCUCACUUUGUAGUGUGCUUCCAUUAUACACUAACACUGGAAAAAUGUCGCUCUGUAGAAGUGAGAACGUGCCCGUGAAGUUGCGUUCAUGUAGAUUACUCCUUGGAUGAGCCAUUGAUGCUGUACUAUCUGAAAUAGGCUAGUUUCUACUUAAUGUAAUACCAGAGGUUUCAGAAGAGAAUUGUGCAAAAACUACAUGACAAUCAGGAAAUAGACACGUAUUUGUGAUUAACGCAUCUUUCGAAGUUUUUAGCUAACAUUGUUGGUGCUCAAUAUUUGCACCGUUUCUGACGCGGCGAACGACAAUAUGCGCGAAACAGCGGACAAGGCUUGCACAAGAGUGCGAGGCAGCAGCUCGCUUUGGAAGUCUAUACCUCGGGUUGUCUGUCAACAGGAAUAAAUACCAUGGGAUAAUCUUGUACACGUGUUCACAACGAUCAGGCCCUACUGCAACUACACCACGGUGCCUAUUGCAAAUCGGUACAAGGAGAGAAGUUCUACUCAUUGGUCAUUUUUCUAUACGUCUCGCAGUUGUAGCACAGUUGUCUUGUGCAACACUGGAGGUACUUAUGAGCAACCUUGAACUUAUUUUCAAUAUGUCCUACCUUGGUACUAACAUUAACCUACCGAUAAACUCUUGACAGGUAGAUUGUUAAUCGAAAAUAUUCCGCACAUGAAUUACAUCACACCCGAUUCCAUAGUUAGUGUUGGGACCAAAACAACGAGAUCUGUAACGCGGCCUACAAUUGUGGUAAAAUAUCGUGGAGAGACAUACAGACUCAAAGGAAAAUUUAUUUCUAAUUAGCAGCCAAUGGUAGUGUCACAGCCAACAAUUUUUUUCAUUUCAUGAGACUCCAAAAAUCCUUUUCCUGUCAUAAAUUAACAUUCCCACUUAUGUAAUUGUUUACUAGCUCUGUCGAAUUAAUUUAUUUGUGUAUAAACUAGCAGCUAUUGCCGUAUUUGAUGCUACGAAGCCCAACAGGAACACAGAAAUAAUAAUUAAAUCCAGGUCACAAGGGAAAUUGUUCUUAUAGGUCCCUUUUUAUGUUGUGCAUACGUCAGGUGAAUAUAUGUCAAAAUGUAAUCCGAGCAUUACUGGUUUUCAGGCUACAAUAAAUGAGGAAACGAAUGUGAGAGGUAGACAGCCACAUGCAUAAUUCUGCAACUGUUAACGCUGGAAGUGACCGCUACAAAAUCCUGCGUGCCUGGCGCCGAAGCAACGCUUUGCGAUCCCUGAUCUGAAACGUUGACAGUCCAGGAACGCUCGCAUUACCAUACCUCCCGCAUCAAAACAUUCACCCUCUGCCGAUGAAUUUCGGAGUGGUUUUGCUCGAUACACUGGCAUCUGCGGAAACACUGUGCAUUCGUACAGUCACGCUUUCAUGCUUAACAAGAAGACUCAAUGAAACACGUACUGCAUCCUAGUAACGCACAACACAUAUCCUCUACGGAUUUUGCCCCCUACGUAGCUGAUUCCUACAUUCCGUUACACUGAAAUCGCUGAAAGCGAAAUACUGUCACUACUUUUCAUUCGGCUGAAGUGGUUCGAUAUUUGUAAUUAAUCCACUGGAAGACAUUAUCAGCUAUUCCUAAUUCUUAAUCUAGCAUCAGAAUGAUGAAAUGUGUUCAAUAUGCGAAGUGGUGGGAAAUAAAGGAAAACGGCAAUCUGUUAACUAAUGCAGGUAAAAGAAGAGUGGAAGAAGACGUAUGUCACUAUUUCUGUGAGUUACUCUCUGUUAUCGUUAUGUUAACAGAUACGAAGUUACAUGUUUGACUUAUACAGUCUGCCUCAUUUAUAAGUCAUGCAAAAAUGUGUCGUGUCAGCCAGACAAUGUUCACCGUAUGUGUGAAGCCACAAGGAAACGAAGCCUUUUCGUGAAUUUGCACUCCUUAAUAAAAUGUCAUCUUCGGAACGUUCUGAUUAUGUCUACAUAAAAUAACGGGAAGCGGGAGCAUCAGUUUCUAUGUCGAAAAUAAUUAAGUCGAAACGGAUGCUGUGUUGGAAAAAAACUAGGGAGAGAAAUGAGCAGCGUUCUUGCCGAAAGAAGCGUUCCAGCAUUUUCCUCAUUUGCUAUAGCGAAUCCACAAGGUAAUAAUCUCAAGAUGGCAGUUAAAGUACUUUUACCCCACACCUCCGAAUAAUGUUUUAUUCAACGUUCCACUUCACUCGGUUAUCUUCACAUGGUACUACUCACCUAGGAAAUAGUGCAGACAAAAGAUGUGACGAAUGGAACACCUCAGAAAGAGUACAGAGCAGAGUGUAGGCGCUGUUUACCACCCAUUCCUAAUAUUCAUGCAUCUCUCAUAUUUACCGUUAGUGUUUUUUUUAUUAUAAUUCUGUACGAGAAAUUACAAUACUGAGUGUCAGCGGCAGGAAUACUUUCCGAUAUCACCAGGAGCAGGCCCCUAAUCUCCAUGCUUGAAAUUUUAGUGGCCACAUAUGUGUGUCUAACUGAUUGAAACCAGAUUACCGGCAAAACAAAUCUAGCGCAUUUCAUAUUUAUUUCGGUUGCGUAAUUGUAUUGUGGCAAAAUCUAUGCAAAAACAAUUUCUAUCCACACAGCUAAAUUGCUCUCAGUCUCUGCGCUUACCCUCCACGGACGUUAGUCCGUUUAUGGGGCACUGUACAGCAUAAGUACGUGUGUGGAAGCUACAUUCAUACUCUCCUAGAGAUGAGACAAAAUAUUAUACCAAUUGUAUAGGAUCGCUAAGAAAUUAAAGGCAAACUGUACUCCUCAACAAGUUCCCAAUCUUCAUUAUUGUUACAUCAAUGAAUAUUUCUAGUUGGAAUGGUAUCCAUCGCGAGUGUACGCUAAAUCAUACGAUUCCUUCCUCGUUAGUGGUUUGCACUGAUGAAAUUAAGAACUUCUGAUCUGAAACGAAACGAUCGUUAACUUGCUGCUCCACCACAUUGUUCUUAAGGAAGAAGUUACACAGGAUGCAAAGCCAAUAGUUUUCAGUAGAUAUUCUGCUAACAUUAAAGUAAUUCAUUUCCGAUAGCUCUCUUUCCUUAACCCAUCUCUCUAUCUGGUAAUGUUUUCAAUAAACCACUUGCUGCGCGUAGUCAUAUUUUGUGGCUCGUUUCAGUACCAUAGGACGAAUUGCCUCUCAUGAUAUUGCUGUUGUACAAAAGCCAUUAUCUCCAUCGUAGCCUCCUCUGUAAACGGCUCUUACUCAUACGAAUGAUGAGUAAAUACCUAACUACUAAGAAGCAUUGCGUCAUCAUAAAAGACGACAAUAUGGCUGAUAGUAUUCCCUAGUCUUUAGUUGAGGAUGGUAUGAGGAGAAAGAAAACCAGGUAUUUGGAUUUUCAUCGUCAUACACAACUCUUUAACCAAAAGUAAGAUUUUUCAUGUUGAGCUUAUUAACGGCGUUUAUUACCACACUAGUGAAACACUUAAAGGAAUCGCGAAAAUAUUCUGUUCUAAACUUUUAAUACGUUCACAGUACCACGUAAUAGGAUAACUCUUAUUUCCAGUCUCUCACACAUUUGUUUGUUUAUUAACAUUUGAAAGUAUUUUCUCUGUGCGGUUGAGAAAUGUUUGAACUCUAAUGCAACGUAGAGAUACCGCUAAAUCAUCGUUAAAUACAUUCUAAAUCCCUAUCCUGGCUGUUAUACCAAAACAAUCACUCUCAGAGUGAACUCAGCACACUUCUGCGAAUAGUGUGUAAAGUAUUUACACAAGCUGAGGACAAAGUUAGGGAGAUAGACGGAAGAUUAAAAUUCAUUUCAUAGUAGCCCAAAAAUUUCCAGAACUCAAUGGAAGAAUAAUACCAACAAUAAGUACGAUCACGACGAUCACUCCUGCUGAUUCUACUAACUUUAGCACUUUUCCGGUUACUAUAUAAUGCUUCUCAGGAACAACGAAAAGGUAGCUCACUGUAACAUCUUUUUCUCGUGUCUUGAUCAAUGUUAACCUACCGAACUGAAAUUAAAUAUAGUUCAGGACAUUCUGCUAUAGUAGACAAGAAACAAAAAAAGCACUAAAUAGAAACUGUAUAAACAAUGUGUGUGCUCAGUUUCACUGAAUACUAGUACGUCUUCAACACGCAUUAAUCCCUGCUGAAGCAAUGCGAGGCUUACAGCUAUUUGAGCACGUCCGGUUUAUUUUCCAUUACCAAAAAUCACGAAACUUUCAACAUAAUAGUACGGUUUCACUAAUUAAAAACUAUAUCUUUACUGUUGGCAAAUUCGAACAGAGUUCUUAUUAAAUAUGAGCCGGUGAGCAUUUAAGAGCACGUGAGUGUACUUUUCGUUAACGAUAAAAGUGUACAGAAUAUCUGGAAAUGGAACUAAAAAGAUUGUAUGCAGUUAGUCUGUACCGAUUAGGGAAGCGUGUUUACAUAUACGUACCUCUUUCCCUUCACCUGAUACACAAGACGUGACAGAGAGCGCACUCGUAGAGAAAAUGUACGCUAAUCAAAAAACUGGGUGGAAGUAGCAUGAGGCCAAACGUAACAUUAAAUAGCUGAAACGACUAAAGGUUCCUGUUUCACAUCAGGUACAGCUGAAUGACGAUUCUACAGAAAAUCAUUUGACCGUAAAUUUUCUUACUACAUGCACAGAGUAACGUUGUCAUGGGAACUGGAAAGCACGAACUGUGGCAAGAGCUGCAGAACCAAGUAAAAUGCAGAGAAGAGACAAGAAAAUUACUACAGUACCUGACUUAAGCUGUAGAGUGGUAGGACGCACAGCCCUUCGUCGGCUUGGAGGCGCCCGUGACACGUCUCUCCCGGACCGAAUAUCACUGCCAUUAAGGAGCAAAGAAAGUGUGCACCCAGAAAAGAGGUUACGUCGUACCUAGAAGUAAAGGAGAUGAUGGAAGAAAGCGUUUCGGACGUGUCCGGGAGGCAGAGGUAUCAAAGCAAAAAGCUGAGGUACGGUCGCACGCCGAAUAGUAUUUCUCUCCCCUGCUGCUUCUUUUUGGAGAGAUAGCGAAGCGAGAACGUGGCCACAACACGGGAGCAGCGUUCUGCGGCUUAUCCAUCAUUUACGGUAACGGCGGCGGAUGCCGGCGUGGAAGGCGUGUGAGGGGGAGAGCUGAGGAAGGCGAAGGUGUUGAGGGAGGGGAAGCGGUCGAGUCCAGCAGGUAGCUGGAGCUGGCGGGUUAUCGCACCUGCGCCUGCGCGCCCGACCUAUCAUCUGCCUCUGAAUGAUGCAUAGUUGCUCCACGGCCAUUCAGUAUCCACGGGGCCCCCUUACGUGGAAAGAUAUCGUUCUUCCAGUGGCCGGAAUUUCUCCAGGGAGCUGGACGCCGCGCAUCUACUCGAUCCUGAUUUACCAUUCGCCGUCGUCCACCUCCUCCUCUCCUAACCUUCUUCCCUAACUUCCCUUAAAUUAUUAUUUUUCAAACGUCUUCACCGGUGGCAGUUAUUUCACUGUAUCUCUUCAUGCAUACCAUACUCUCCAUUGUGUAUUUUGUGUAACAUCGCAACUAACUAAUAUUUCCUUCUCACCCAACAGACUUUUUACCUAAGACAAUGGAUGCUAGUAAAUGCAUCUGAAUCCCUAUUUCCGUCACCAUCAUCACAAUCAUCAUCACCCCCACGAAUAUCUACGUACUCUUCCAGUAGUUGGCCUUCACUUUGCUCUACCUUGAUGUAGGCGUAUUUGUGGUCAGGAUACUGUUUCCCAGUUUUCUCCACUAGUCCUCAAAUCUUUCUUACAGCGGGACGUUAAUGAAAACACACACUAUUUAAAAGAUGCACUACACACACAAUUUUGAAGACACAGCAAUGGAAUUUCGUACCACAUUUUACAUGAAAUCGACACAUUUACUUCCGUAAACGACGUGUAACUUUUUAUGGAUUUUAAAAAAAUUUCCAAAACUAAUUUACGUACUAUUUUUCAGAAAAUAUUGAAGACACUUAUACAAAAUUGUCUCCGUUAAAUCUAUUCGUGUACAGUAAGCUGCUCUCACGAGGUCUCUUGAAUGUAUCUAAUAGGAUAACUUUAUUACUUCCUUAAUUAGAAUUCUAAAAGUAUAAUUUAAAAUUCAAUACAAAUUGCAAGCACUCUGCCCCGCAUCCCAGCUUACAUUCGGAAUUUUAAAUUUACUCUUGAAACUAUAUUUAUUGGGUUUAUAAAAGUAACUGAACAAAAUUUCAUAACUCGAGCUUUCAUACAUUAUGCGAAAAAGGUACAUAAAAUUUAGAGUUGAGCCUAACGCUUUUAUUAUGUCACCCCUUCAGAAGAUCCCCGGUUUGUACUCUCCAUUCAAGGCUUCUCUUCUGAUUUCUUUUUUUCUGCCUUCUUUCCUUUAUGAGGUCUUCUAUUGACUUCUAUCUUUCUCAGGAAGUCUUAAGCGAAAUUUCAUAUGUGGAAGUCCAUUCUCUCUAAUAUCUUCAUCUUCCCUACGUUCCUACCAUUAAAUACAAGAACAGCAUCGUAAGCUGCAAUUCUGACAACUGCUGCAUUAGAUGAAAAUGUGGCAAAACAGGAACUGCUUCUUCGUAAAGAAAGCAGCUGGUUUGUUAUUGUUUCUAAGAUAGGGAACAAAAUCACAGAUGCUCUGCAAAACCGAACGGUAUGCAUUAUAGCCUACUGGGUGUAUCUUCAGCAAGUUUGCUUGAAUGCAAUCCACGGAAUAUUUCACAGAGAUGAUACUGAAGUGUUACUUAAAAAAUUGGGCAUGGCAGGAAGCUAGCGUCACGUUUAAUUACUAUUCGCGCACUUCAGUUUCAUCAUUGAAACUUUUGGAACUUACUGUGCAUGAGUUCCACUAGUAUAUAAAAAUAAAUUGAACAUCAGAUCCAGCAAUGUUUUCUGGGUCGUUCUAUUGGUAUUUUUUCCUCUGCAUUUCUAUCGAAGUAUUGGUUUUGCAGGCAGUCACCCUCCAUCCGUUUUACAUGUCCAAACAACUUCAUCCGUGCAGUACUUUGCCUCUCUGUCACUAACAGUCCCACUUGCAUCUCUCCUCUCAUGUCAUCAUUCCUAAUUUAAUCUCUUCUCGUUUACUGGAAGACUCAUCGCAGAAACUAAAUAUGUUUCGUACACUUGUUGCUUGAUGAAAUCUGCCUUCUAAAUUAUACUGCACUCCGAGCUGAGUGUCAUAAUCGGCAGGAGGUGCGUUUAAAACAUAGUUUGUUUGGCUCUCUCCGGAACUCGCUUAUCCCACACAAGGUUCCACGAUUGAGAUUUAGAUCUCAUUCUUACUCCGAUCUAUACAUAUAGUUUGGGUUGUCAUCCCUUGAUAUUGUAUUUCCCCGGUAAAUGUAAGCUUCCAUACAUUCUUUUUUCUCUCACUCUCUACCCCAGGUAGUUGUGCUCCUAUUUACAGUCAGUUGGCACUCUGCAAACACGGACUUCAAAUUUCCCUGUACCUCUUGUUCCGGUUCCCCCAAACAGCUACACCAUCAGCAAAGACUAAAGCAUUAAGAUCAUCAUUUCCUAUCUCCUUCAUUUCCUUUACAACCAUAUUUACAAGUGCAAUAAGAAGUAAUAGCGAACGUGCACUACUGUGUCACACUCCAAUGUCUGUCUUGGACCAGUCUGAUCCACCAUACACAACGUUCACAGCUUUCAUACAGCACUCACACCUUCUUUCUUAGGGAGUUUAGAAUCGUUAGUUUUUCUAAACUCUAUCAGAUCCUACACCUUGGCACAGCGUCACAUGCUUCUUCCAGUUUCGGGAACACUGUUAUGAGAUCUUUAUCCCUUUCCGCAGUACUUUUCCCAUUAACUGCCUUAGUGCAAAUAUAAGGUCUGUUAUUCCUCUGCUGCUUCUAAAUCCAUGUUGUUCCUCUUCACUCUGGUUUUCUAACAGCAAUCUUAAUUUUUUCUUAGUAACAUUUUCCAGUGGCUUAAGACAGUGUAAUAACAGAUUGAUUCCUAUAUAUUCAGAACACUUUCUCCUACCUCCUUAUUUUCUUAUGACAUUAAAACCAAAUAUGUUCCGAAAAUUUCUUAAUUUUUUUGAGAGUUCCUUCCGCAACUAUCGCCUUUCAAACGUUCAACAUAUUUUGUUAAAACUGAAACGAAUGAACCUACAUUUAUUUACUUAGACUUGUAAAAUUUCCUCCAAUGCUAAGGACCAAGCACAUCAGACAGAAAGUUUCUUCCAGUGAACUCCAUCUGCUCCCAGGUUUUCAGCUUCCUCGCAGUUUAUGUCCAUGCAUUGAAAAUCCCCCGCAAAAGUUCGCUUCUAAGUGGUACGAGAUCUUCCUCUACUUUUACAUCCAUCCGCUGGUUUCCGUAACAGAUUCUCCCACCUUUCACGGCCAGAACAUAUCCUGAAAGCUUCUGACUUCUUUCAACAGCGGUUUUGUGCUGAUUGCGUACGUUACCUCUACUCAGCACUUCACUGUUUGAAUCGUAGUCUCGAUAACCCAUUUUCAAAAGUUGCAUCAAUUAUCUCUGGUGGUAAAUAAUGAGUUUGUAUGCUGAUUUUCCGACAUUUUCCGGGUUUCACUUUUUUAAAUGGCCAACUGCAGGAUGAAAGAGGAGUAUUAUUGAUACAAUUAUAGCGUCAAAUUGCCGUGAGGAACGCAUUACUGCACUUUUUGGAAGACUGCAGGAGCUUUCCCAAUUCUACUGCUGAUGUCUGCGUUUAUUUGACUCAUCAGUCUUUAUUUUAUGCAUUGAUUGUCUGCAUGGAAAUAUAUUACUGGUUAGAAGUAGAUUUGAAUGUGAUAACUAGACAGACAAAUGAUGGAAAACUCUCAAGCACUUACUUUUCAGUAUAGUCAUUACGAACUGUUUUCAUUCACUCUUCCCUGUUAUGACUGUGUUUUUUGCAGUUAAAGAUCUUUCUUAAUUUUCUAUCGAUUUGUACGUUACAGUACACCAUCUGCAGGCUCCUCUAUGAUAAAUCGUUAAUUCAUGCGGAUGGUAGGGUAGCUUUAGUAAUACGUCUCGACAGAGGGGAGAAUCAAAUCGAUGACCUUGAUGAUGAUUUCCAUACCGGCUUAUCCUAGAAGAGCUUGAAUAUGGUGCAUUCCAUCAACCAAAAUCGAUAGAAAAUAAAGCAAGACUUUCAUGUGCGCUUAAAAAGAAUCUCUUUGAUUGAUGUAAUCCACAUUUCGGGCAUGUUAUGUGUGAUCAACAGUUUAACCUCUUAUAUUCAAAUAUAACAACAUUCAUCAGCACUAUUGUCACUCCAUUAAGAAAAAUAAUUAUAAACAUCGGCCAUUCAUGAAGCUUUAAGAGUAUGUAAUUGAGACAGUAAAUCUGCAACGGGUUUUAGUAACGAAUGAUUGCACAAAUAUACGUCAUACACACUCUCUCUUAUCUCUUUGGUGAAGCCGACUUCAUUUGCGGAGCAUACGAAAAAAAGUAACGAAUUACAGUAGAAUAUUUUCUGCAUUACGUUCUUUCUAGGACAGUAAUGUAGCAUUUGUCAUUGUAACAGCUAUGUUAUUUCACCUCCACUUCAUUACAUGCAGAAAUCCUAUAAGAAGUUGUGAUUCAUCUCUCAAUUAUUGCAGCUACAGCAUGAAGCUACUGACUUCAGUCUUCUGGUCAAACAGUUUAUCAUGUCGUAAAAUUACGUAUUUUUCUUCUAUUAAACUGUUGAAAUAUUUAACAUAAUUUUACGCAGAGUUUCCAUUCAGGUGAUGACAUCACUCUUCACUCCACCAUCAUACAUGGUCGCUUACGUUCGAAAAACUUUUGGAUCUUGUGUAAAAAAAGUUCGUAAUCUGAAUACGAAUUAAUAGUCAUUAUUUUGAGAUCUAGUGUGUGUGACUGUUUUUUUACAACUUUUCUGUUCUUAAAAUGGUUGUCAAGAUUCCUUAGCGAACUUCUUUCAUUGACAGGACAGUUCGUUUUCAUUGCUAUUUUACAAUGUUACAUUGUACAUUACUGUUGAGUAGACUUAAAUCAAUUAUAAUAACUAAGAACUUUAUCCGAAAACUGCAGACAUUAUAUAUAACUCUAAUAAUAAUUUCUUUUUAACAUGUACCAAUUUCACAAUCAGUGUCAGUUAUCUGUAAGCAGAAUUAACUACAGAUCCGGUCAACUUUAAUGUCUGCUGUAAAGGACGUUUAUUUUCUUGAGUAGUCAGUAUAUGUCAUGCGAAAAUUUUUUCAAUUGCUUAAACAAUGGAUCUCUAAUUUGUUUUCUUAUUUUAUUAUUCUGUUGUGUUAAUGCUAUACUUUUAGCACUGUAUUCUUCACUUGGCUCAUAGCCCCACAUCUUUAAUCUAAGCUUAUUUUGCCUUUUCACCGUCUUUUCUCAACAGGAUUUACAACAUUAUCUAACAUUAUUUCUUGUUCCAUGCCAGUCUGUUGUGCGCUGUGGUCAUUCUAUCAUUCAAUUAUAACUAGCGAAAGAAGUCAGAAACAUACUUGCUAACCUCGACACUUUAAUUAACAGUUUAGCAUAACUUAAAUUUGCCAAAUCUUUCACCUUUGGUGCUCUACGUAUCUUGAUUAUCACUUUCUGGCGUCUGCUGGCUACAGGAGGGGCCUUACAUCGGUUCUUAUAUGCUAUAAAUGUGGUGUAAUUCAAAUAAUUAUAUGAACAAGACUGAUAGUUGGUGGGAAAUUCAUGAAUCAACAAUGAUAUAGUUUCAAGAAUAUUUAUCAAAGAAAUAAAUGCAGUUAUUCACAAUAACAAAACUAUUAUGGAUAAAGAAGAGAAGUGUAGAGCUCUUCACAGUAUACCUCAAAGUGUAUAGCACUACCAGUCACACUAAUAAGUGGAUACAUUUAACAGUUUUCAAAGAUUUAUUUUCAAAUAAAGUGUCGCUCUUUUAUUGAAUUAAAUGUUUGCUGGCUUUCAGGCACAUAGUAACAGCUCCAGCUGACAUGUGCCACGCUGUCUGAUGUAUGUAUCUCUUUCAUAAGUCAAUUAUGUAGCUGGAAUAUGUUUAGAAAGAUGACUGUAGUAGGAAAUCAAAUACAUUCACGUGUAGCAUUGAAUUUAAGUGAUGCAAAUACAUAACUGCAUUGUAUAUGGAAUUUCUUCCAACGACUAAUAACUAUUUCCAGAACGAGUACUAGGCCGAGCAUGAAGCACUUAUAUUAACACUCACUGUGACGUUAAUAGCAUUGUUUCAUAUAAAUAAAUAUUGUGAAGUACGAAUUAUAGGAAAAUAUGUAUUUUAAUAUUCUUAAUGGCUGCAGCAUCAAAUAUUUGUUUUUGCUGCUAAAAAUAUUAACAGUGUGUGUAUGUGAAACACUGCUGCAUGAAUGACAGUACCUGUAAAUAACUGAUUCUAAAGCCAAAACCUCUUAAGACAAAUUAAGGCAGCACAUCUGUUUCAGUACAGUGUAUUAAACUUUUUGUGUCUGUCACUUGUUAAAUUUAUUGGUUCAUAUACUAUUUAAAAUGGUUAUUUCAUGCUUUAACCAAAUGAAUGUAAAGCACAGAAUUUACAUUUGAAAGCUUCUAAAUGAAUGCCUGUAUAUUUUCAAAAGUUUUAUUGAGUGUAUUACAUCAUAAUAGAAAGAAGUCAAAUCCCAGUAAAGCUGUAUAACUCAUAACAACUAAGUAAGAAGGUGAUAUGAGUAGAGAAUCAUGAAUAUUUUAUUGCACAAUAUGUCUCUUCAUGGGGACUUAAGUUUGACAUGGUGUGUUUAAAUAUAUUACAAGCCUGGGAUAUUGGAUAAAACUGUAUCUUGGUAAUAGUGACAAAACAUAUUACUUUAAACUCUUUCAUUCUUAAAGAAGCUAAGUAUUUUCCCAGUAUUUUUUAGAGAGACAUCGGUAUUGGACUUGGUAUAAACAUGGUGACAUAUACAGGAGCAUAUAUAUUUCAUACUGUUUUGUAAAUAUUUCACACUGUAUUAAGCCUUUUGCAUUACUGACACCCACUUAAUAAUGUGUGAUGAUGAUCAUAUGAAAACACACUAUAUAAAUAUUUUCCACAUGCAGAACAUUCCUGUUAACACCCUCAUUCCUUUGUAUACAGACAAAGAUGUGGUGGGCAACCUUUACUUAUUUUCAUGUUUUUUAUACCCAAAGUAGACUAUUAUUUAAUCUGAGCUAUACAUACUUUAGCGAAAAACGCCUUCAUGAACUUUCGUCGACAUAAUGUGGCCCAAAAGCUUCAAAUUUCACUGUACUAACAAACGACCACUUUUGUAUGCAAAAGGUGAACCAAUCUUUGUAGAAAAAUGCACUUAUUUUUGUAGAGCACCUUGUAUUUUCUUCUAAAAUAUAUACAUUAAGCGUUA